CAGAGCGUUGCAUCACAAUCCCCUAAUUUCGUCAAGCUGCCCGUCGCAGUCGAUCGCGUCCCUCGGGGGCCCUCAGCUGCUCCAUCAUGGCUCAGAUCGCGCUGCCACGACAGCAGGUGACGCAGACACAGCAAUCCGCCCAGAUUGGCUCACCGCUCUACCAGCGCCGCCGUCCCUCCCAGGCUGGUCCCAUCGAGCUGCUGCCGAACCCCGAUUUCUCCUUCCCCAUGCGAGACCCGGAGACGACCUCGUCAGCACCCACUCCCACUGCCAAUGCGCGCCCAAUGUCGCUCCAGGCCUAUCCUACCGGCCGUCGAGGCUCUGCUCACGCCAGAGGAAAGUCAAUCAAUGCGCUGCCUGACUUUAGUUUCAACCCAGCCGGGACAUCCGCGCCGCCCGUGACAGCCACCUCACCGCAGCUGUCUCCAAUGGCACUACCCACAACGCCCGUAACGCCGGCAACGCCCUCGAGACCAAUUGGAGGACACAGGCGCGGUGGGAGCGAGUUCAUCGGCGGAGACGGGCGGUCAGGAGGCGCUUCACUCUUGAGCACUAGUCCCACCAAGGGCGAUGACAUCCUACCUCCACCACCGAACAACACUCUACGACCAGGACCACCGGCUGGACGACGGGGCCAUGCUCAUCGCCGCUCCGGAGCUGUGUCAUCACACGAUCUAUCCUCGAUCAUGAAUCCUCCCGCGCAUCCUCGAGCCGGCAGUGCGCCCGUCACUCCUUCAGAGGGACCACAAUUUGCCUUCGGCCAUUCUGUGAACAAGUCCAUGUCUCAACCGUCGUUGCGAGAUGCUGGAUCACUUCAAGACGCAGAUGAGACUCCACGACCUCCCUCCCGAGCGCGAGUCGGGUUUUCCGACAAAGUCGAAUAUAUCCGACCGCUUUCGACCAUUUCUUCGGAGACUGAAACGUCUAUGUCGACAUUCCGAGGCCAUUCGGCGACGAACAGUCUGUCGUCAGUCAUUAGCUCCGGAACAUCGAGCCCCCAGACGUUUAGAAACGGUCGUCCUACGCUUAGCAUUGUUGAGGACAAGUCUCGCCCUAGCACUGCCGGCGCAAUCCUGGGUGGUCGUGGCAACUCUGGCGACGAUGCCGCCAAUCACACACCUCCGUCUUCCGCUAUUUCUCCGCCCGCGAUGACGAUUCCCACGACUACAUCUCUUCCAGCCAAACGUCGAAGCUUCUUCAAGUCCGAGCCCCGCCGCAGUGAUCCCCCUGUGCCGACUCUGUCUAGUGUUUCUGAUGUGGCUCUAAAUGUCCCCGUCGAGUCGCCUCUGCCCUCCCCUAUGGUUGAUGAAGAAGAGAAUGGUGAGAAGAGUACCAGGACCAAGUCACGGAAAUCCAAUAAGGCCCCAAGGAAAGUCAAAUCAUGGGCAAGUUCGAUCAUUCCGAAGAAAACAAAGCACAGCAAAAAGGUCAAGGAUAGAGCCUCCACACCACCUCCGCAAUCCACAGGGGAAGACGAUUCGGAUGCUUCUGAGGACCCAGAUUUUGAAGCCAAUUUCGACGUUGAUAAUACGGUGACGAUAGUGUCACCCACCGAGGAUGCUAUCACUGUUCCAAAAGCACAGACUGAUUACGCCUCUUGGGAGCCUCGCGGGCUCAAACGCGUUGACUCUGAUACGAUGAACCCUGUGAUUGAUCUGGACGCAGCGCUUGGACCGUUCAACGGCACCAAUGCCCGUACCCAGCGCGGUUUUGCUGCGCACCGCAGAGCUAUGCAUAGCUCCGGGGGUGUGCUCCAAAGUCAUCGGCGGACGGAGAGCGCACCAGCAUUAGUGCCCUUCGAACUUCGAAGCACUGCGGCUGCCACAUCUUCGACUAUGGCGGAUGUGUUCGAAGAAGAUGAACCAGAGGACGACACACCCGUGUCCAGUGGCAAAAGCACACACUCUGAGCCUCCGAUAAAUGAAGAGCAAGAGGAUGCUGAAGAGCCAAAGAUACAGGUCGUGGAGACUGACGAUUACCACAAUGGUUCAUCCAUGAACUGGAACUUCAACGAUGGUCUAGGUCUGCAACGCAACGACAGAUCCCGGAGAGAAGAGUCGUCCGAACCGUGUUCCCCGCGUGCUGUUCCAGCAUUUGUUCCAGAUGUUGAAGAAGCCACUCGAUCUACACCUGCGGACGCGGUAGAAAUUGUGGAAGACUUUGAAGAGCCGCGGACAUCGUCUCUCACCCAUUCUUCUGAUUCUACGGUCACGGCUCAAGUCUCUGGAGACGACACCAAAGAGACGCACAAUGUCAUGAACCUGUCUCUGCCUUUAGGACAACAAAACCUAAUGACUCCAGACACGUUCGCCUCCUCCUUCUCAUCACCAGACUUUAGGUCUAGCCAGAUCUCCUUGGAUACACCGAGGUUAGGCACAGCUGCAUCGUCCAUGACUGACUACCAGGCCAUGCCUUCGCCUCGUUUCGGCGAACCAGGUCCCGAACUUCGCGUAUCGGUUGACGACGUUCCCUCGUUGACCUCUUCUCGGUCCACGAUGACGAGCGCAAUGCAGAGCGCCUUUCCGCUCCCAAGCCCCCGGCAACCAGGUGAUCGGUCUGCUUCUCUCUGCUCCGCUCCAAGCGAUGUUGAAUCGCGUCGCCGCAAGCGCUCGAGCAUUGCCAGCCUCUCCCGUCUAAUGAACACUGGGUCAUUCGGUGAGAGGAGCAAGCUAUCGAUUGAGACUCGGCCACAGUCAGAGUAUGGACUCAACCGCCUCGACGCUACCCAGAAGGAGUCCAAGAAGAAGCAUAAGCGGCUCAGCAAGCUCAUGCAGUUCUGGAAGACCAAGGAAUCGAAAGGGUCGUCUCGAACUUGAUGUCACAGGCCAAGUUCAUGACUUCCCUCCGUCGUUACAUUCCCCUAACGCACUGGUUACAUGACCGCCAUACGAUUUCAUGGCAUAUCAAGCGCAACCCCCAUUCCCUUAAUAUCUCUCGCAUGACACGGAGUUUUUGAAAGCGAGCCCUCUACGAACCCUUUUUCACGGCGCAUAUUGCGAUUUGG